AUGAGUGCAUCCAAUGCUGAAGACUUUCCCUCACAGAUGAAGCAACCGAUCCGUGAUUUGCACCAAUCGUUAGCUGAUCUCAAACAAUGUUUGCACACAUUUAACACCAAUUACAAGAACAUGAAGAGCGCCUCAACUGAUCCGCUGUCGAAGGCCAGAGUCGAGUUGACCACCGCUUACGCCAUGAACUCAUUGUUUUGGAUCUAUUUGACCACAAAAGGAGUCAACCCUCACGAGCACCCAAUCAAGGAUGAGAUC